CAGAGAGAGAGAGAGAGACGUAUAAAGAGACACACAGACAGAAUCAGACAGACAGGAAACCUGUCGAUACAGCAGAUCAAACAGGAAGCAGAUGUUUGACAGAAGGGUGUGAUCCGGUCGGUGUGUGGGACACUUCAGGAAUCAUGGAACGGGGUUGAAUCGGAUGAAUCGGAGCACUCUGGAGCGCCGGCAUGUCUGUGGGCCCCGGGGCCAAAGAGCUCGCUCAUCUGAGGGACACCGUCCCAAGUGAACACACCCCGGUCACAGCAGACGUCCUGAAGGAUCCGGGUCAGCUGAUUGGUCCGGUCGGCCUUCAAACGCUGCUGGACCUGCUGGUGGGAGUUUAUCAGGAGUUUCGCUCGUCUGCGCUGGCGAGAGAAAAACACGUCAACAGAUUCCUGCAGUGGGCGGAGCCUCUGGUCAGACAGGUGAAGAAGACACGCAUCAGCAGAGAUGACUUCGACAUCUUGAAGGUGAUUGGCCGAGGAACGUUCAGCGAGGUGGCACUGGCCAGAAUGCGUCACACAAAGCAGAUUUAUGCGCUGAAAAUAAUGAACAAGUGGGACAUGCUGAAGCGUGGAGAGACAGCAUGUUAUCAGGAGGAGAGAGAGGUUUUACUGAAGGGAGAUCGUCGCUGGAUCACUGAGCUGCAUUACUCUUUCCAGGACGACAAUUACCUCUAUCUAGUGAUGGACUACUAUGUCGGUGGAGAUUUUCUAACGUUGUUGAGUAAGUUUGGUGAUCGUGUCCCGGAGGAACUGGCUCAGUUUUAUCUGGCUGAGAUGGUGAUGGCCAUCGACUCUGUUCACAGACUGGGUUAUGUGCACAGAGACAUAAAGCCUGAUAACAUCCUGUUGACGGCAGACGGUCAUGUGAGAUUGGGGGAUUUUGGCUCAUGUCUCCGGAUGGAGGAUGAUGGACAGAUUCACUCGUCUCUGGCCGUCGGCACUCCAGAUUAUCUCUCUCCAGAGAUCCUGCGGGCACUGGAGGGUGCGGGCGGGUACGGCAUCGAGUGUGACUGGUGGGCUCUGGGCGUGUGUGCGUACGAGAUGCUGAUCGGCAACACGCCGUUUUAUGCAGAGUCCAUUUCUGAGACCUACGCUAAAAUCAUACAUUUCAAGGAUUACUUUGAGUUUCCUGCGGCGAGCUGCGACGUGUCCGAAGAGGCGCGUUCACUGAUCACGGGUCUGAUCUGUGACAGGACAGAGAGACUGGGUACACACGGUUCUGCAGACUUCAGAAAACAUCCGUUCUUCUGUGGUUUGGACUGGAGCUCUCUUCAUCUGCUUCCUGCUCCAUACCAGCCCGAAGUGUCCAACGCCACAGACACAUCCAACUUCGAUGUGCUGGAUGACAGUCUCAGUGAGAUGGAGAGCUUUAGUGAUGUCAUGGAGAGCGUUCCGGUCGGAGUUCAUCUGGCGUUUGUGGGUUACUCAUACACAGCCACCAGAGAGACCGGUGCACUGGACCGCAGCGGUGACAUCAUGAUGGAGAUCGACCAACAGCUGGAGAGAGAUCAUCUAAAACUGAAUCAGGUGUUGCAGCUCAGAGACUCGAUCUCUGCUGUGGUGACAUCAGCACCAGAACUUCCUCCAGAACAUAACAAACUAGACCGGACCAGCACUACAGAGACGGAGGAGAACGCGGCACAAGUUGAAGAUCUGCAGAGGCGGUUACAGGAAGCUGAACGGAGAAACACAGAAUUGGAGCAGGAGAUAUCGGCACUACGAGAGGAGAUUCACAGACUGACACCCAACAAAGACCAAAAGCUGUGUUUGUUGUGCCCACCGCUGCACUCUGUGCCCGUUCGCUGUCUGGACCCCGUGCGGGAUAGCUCAGCGGCGCCACCUGCCUGCCAUUACCCGCUAGUGACAGCGAGACACCGCCACCUACUGCUGUUCAACAGGGUGAGAAGGCCGCAGGUUACGUGUGAGUCGUAUUUGUUAGUGUGCGCUGAGGGGGCAGAACUCACGCUGUGGCAGCGAUACUGCUCUUCUGAACUCUCCUGAACGACACUUAAUAACACACAACAGCAGAGCAGCACAACUGAAACUCUUGUGUCAUUUCUGCACCAAACGGAGUUAUGAUGUCAUAUUAAUUGACCAAUAAAUAUUACAUUAAUUAAGGAAAUUAAUAUAAAUGUCAGGGGGCAAAUAUCAUUUCUGACAGACAGCAUCAAGUUUUGCACUUUGUAUUUCCAGUUGAGCACAAAUAAUGCUGAAAUGUUGUAUUGAUAUAGUUUGUUUACAGUGUGUUGUUGUGCUUUUGCUUUGUCAUUAGGUUGAUGUGUGUUUUAAUAUAAACGGUGAUGUUAACAUUAUCUGCUGUGUGAUGCAAUAGAACACUGUGUGCAUGAGGUCACAUUCUCUUGUUCUCAAACACUGAUUAUCACUUCAUUAUUUUGGAGAAUUUGUGAUUGUUCUGUACAAAAAACAAGUACAAAUAUAUAUAAGUUUUGCGUGAAUAACUUUGAAAUAAAGCUGCAUUAUUUAUUUGGGGAAAUGUGUGUUAUUUAACAGACGCUUAUUUAAAUAAACUUAC